AUGGACGAGCUAGUUCGAAAGGCCAUGCAGCUGGCUGAAGCCCUGAAAAAACCACCAGAUUCUGUUCCAUGGAAAGACGACGAACCAUGGGCCCAGCCUCACUAUUCGUGGCUUGAGAAAAAGGGAGAAUGGCAAACAGCUAGUACUGUUUCUUCUUUUGAGCGGUAUGAAAAGGAUAUUCCAGCGACUACAGAUGUUAUCAUCGCGACAGCAAGCAAUCCUGUUCAUGGUUUGGGGUUAACAUCACUUUUCCUUACGCAAGAAAGGGUCCAGGUCUCUCUUGACGCAGCUAUGAUGGAGGGUGUGAUAGUCGCAAGUCCAGUGUUGAAGGCGGCUGCAAAAAAUACAGCCCGUGGAGUUGAACUUCUCAAAACACUGCUUUCUCGGUGCAGGGAUGAUAUCUCAAUCACCCCCGAGCUUGUUGCAGCAGCAGCAGCAAAUCGCGCUCCAGGUGCAGAGUUGGUUACCCUUCUUCUUGACCAUCGCGAAAAUGUAGGUCAUCUGGAAGAUGGAGAUUCCUCCCUAACCGAGGGGCUCAUGAUUGAAGCGGCCUCUAAUGUGGGAUGCGCUGUACAAGUGCUAGCAAGGCUCUUAAGACGACAUUGGACCCAUAUCCCGUUAACAGACGAGGCGAUUUUGGCUGUAGAAGAUAACUCCCUAUCAGUACUGAUGAGCCUCUUACACCUCCUGCCAAAGGAAUUCCCCGUUUUAGAAUCAAUGACUGAUACUUUCAGCGCCGAGAAUAGUUUCCAUUACAUGCUAAAGGAGAUGACUCUUCUUGUUCAACGGCUCGAAGUCGAGGGUAUAGUCACUCAGAACGUAAUCGCAAAGGUCGCAGAGAGAUGCGGCGAAGAGCUAGUCCUUUUUCUACUGGAUCAGGCGGACGAAGAUGUGCAGCUUACACCAGCCCUUCUGAAGGCAAUCACCGAGAAUCAGCGUUAUGGUCCACAAAUCUCAAAGAUACUGCUCGACUUGCACUGUGAUAUCGUGGCUCCUGAGAAAUUCUUGAUCACGUUGGCACAAACUAACUGGAAAUCGUUAGCUAGAUUUUUGCGAAAGGCUCUGAAGAAAUACGGGGAUUAUCUUCCAGUUACUGAUAAAGUACUUGAGGCAGUUACUGGCGCCUCUAGUCCCAGGGAAGACAUAGUCACCCUACUUAUGGAGAGGCGAAACUAG